GACAUAUGUCCAGUUGCUUUGUCAUUGACCAAACGUUUUCAAAAACACUCGACAAAAUGAUGAUUCAUUUCAUAGCAAUUCGUUGUAUGAAAAAAAAAAAAGCAGUGGUCGAUAAGCCAGUGGUAUAAGAAUCGUAUUUGGAUGCAUCAUUCCCAAAGGGAUUUUUUUUUUACUAAUUUGCGUCAAAACACCCGAAAAGGAACAAAACAGGGGAAAAUUGAGGGUAACCUUUGCUCACCCCUCAGUGCACACGCGAAAAGCCCCAGGUUUAUUUAACAUAUCGCAUGGGCUGAUUCAACAAUUCGACUACCUCUGUAUUUCAUGAUACCAUUCUUUAUACUCUCAAUCGCAACCACUGGAAUCUGUCAAGCAUUCAUGCUAAAAUGAGGAACAACGAUCUACAAAAUUCUGCAAUCCCUUCACGACUAUGACGUGACCAAGUAUCGAGUUGAGCGUUUCUACUGCAUGUAUUCCUGUGAUAAAAUGAACGCAGGUCUGCCCGACUGUCAAAAGAUUCGUACUGCGUUUUUAGUCCAUUCCUCCCGUGUUAAUUAUUUCAUAUAUUUGCCUUGAUCAUGGGCGAAACUGAGAAUCCUGAAAACGAAGGGCAAGGUGGAAUAAUACUCCACAGGGGAUACCUAAUCCAAGGUGAAAACCAGACGGUUGAGGGAGGAUUGACCCUAGUUUUUCCAAAAAAUGGAAAGCGUUACGCAGUUCUACAAAACACUGGUCCGCUCCAGUUCUGCCUCAGUCUGUACAAAGACGAGAAAAGCUUCAUGAAGAAAGAGAAGAAGAGUUCAAAGUUCACUGAGCUGCAUUUUACAGCUAAUAUCAAGAUCCAUUCCUUGGAGAUGAUGAUGGGACGGUCGAGAAAACCCCAAAAUAUUUUCAUCAUUGUCCACGGAGGUAUGCCUCGAUACUUCAAACCGUCUAACGGUGUUGAAAUGAUGGAAUGGGUGAAAGGCUUUCAGAAGGUAGCUAAUGCUAUAGCUCGACGUCCUACAAUAACCCGAGAGGAAAGGGCAAGCACCGAUGGUGAUGAUGAUACACAGGUUACGAGCAGGUCAAAUAAACCGCGCCCUGAUCAAGAUAGCGGCAUCGAGAUCACAUCGCCGAGCACUCCCCGAGGCUCGGCCUUGUCAACCGACCAGGGCGACAAGGAAGAAGAGGGCAGGAGCACCGAGGAUGAUGCGCCAGUCAACAUCUUACCGGAAGCCAUCGAGAUGGACAUCCCGGAAGAAGAAUUCGAGGAUGAUAAUGAUGGAGGUGGUACUGACGGGGGAGAUGAUGUCGCCGAUGGUGGCACCAACGGUGGAGCGGGGGGAAGCGGCGAUAUCGCCGCUGAAGAUGGGCCAUGUCGACGGUCACGAAUGGUCUUGAAUCAUGAUCGCUAUGAAGAGCAGUUUAUCAAAAGCACACCAAGCGAUAUCCCAAAGUCAUCCGUCCUAAAAUCCAGGCAAAUCUUCGAACCGAUCAAGGAAGAACAAGAUAGGCCAAAACCGGAACCCAAACCGCGAACUUUGAAAACCGUCGAAGAAAUCCGAAAGAACAUCGUCACAAUGAGAUUAUCCACGUGGCCGAGCCGACCCGACACUGAGGGGAAAGAUCCGGCUAAGGAUCCGGACUAUCAAAAGUUCGUCGUCAAAACGGAAAGGAUACCGAGUGAACCGGAAGUGGUUGCCAUUGAGUUGGGAAAUUUCCCGCAUCUCCCACCGAAAUCAAGUGGUUCUAUCGCUAAAUGGAAGACGUUAGACCGAGCAAAAGACAUUGAGAAGCAACUGCGGGGCAAACCGCCUAUAGGUGUGGGUAGGCCUUCUCCUUCUCGUGCUAGUUUGCAAGAUAAGAAAUUGAAGCGAGCUCGACCAAUGCGGGAUAGUUCCCUUCAUAAUGACGACGAUGAGGAGGAAGAUGACGUGGAGGAAGAAGCAUUGACAUCAUCCAACCAAGAUCCUGAGAGCGAACCUCCGUACGAUCGACUUUCGAAAUAUCGACGGGAUAAAAAUCAGAAUGAAGGGAGUGUCGAAGGUCAGGAGGGAAACGAAGGGGGUGUCGAGGAGGUCAAUGAUGAGGACAAACGAUCAUCGGGUGAAUCUCUUCCUGAUGAAGAGAGAAAGAGACUUUAUACUGAUGGUGUCUCGAUGAGAAGACGACCUCUCCCACAGCCUAAUAAAGAGACAGAUUGGAAAAAUGUUGGGAACAUGGUGUAUGAACAAUCUUGCCGAUCUUGUAACAUUAGUGUGGCUAAGAGCGACAUCACAAACGCAUUAGUUCUGGUCAAAGUUCAAGAGGAAGUGAUGAUUGCUGGCUGGAAGAAAGACGUAUCGGAUAAACUACACGGCAAGCUGCACGUUGGUGACGUCAUAUUACAAGCCAAUGACAGUAUCAUCAAAGACGCCGGUCCAGAUUUCAUCAACAUGCUCAUAAACUCAUCUGCCAAAAAUGAAAUACUUUUAGUGAUAAGACGUCUGCCCUAUGCCUCCAUAAAAGAACUGAAUAAGACUGACGAACAGACUAGUUGGGGUCUUGAAACGCACAAAAAUGAGAUAAGAGGUGUGAGCGGCCCAGCCCUGGAGGGAGGUAUAGCGCCGAAGACAUCGGCUGUGCUAAGCAGCAAACAGUGCGAAUGGGUCGUCACUGAACUUGCACACCAACGAAUUCCUUUAGUCAAGUGCGCACAAGACGAGGUCAAACAAAGGCUGGAGAACCUUUCCAAUGAGAACAACCUCGUCUUGAUCAUACAACCACGUGACCUCGUCUCAGAGUUACGAGAAGGGCUGAAACGAACUAAGCACCCUUCACAGUACGACGUGUGAGCUCCGGUUACGUGGCGAUCGAUCCGGUUACCCGAUCAUCGGGCGAGUCAUUGAACAGCGUGUCCGGUUAGGCGUCUACAUAUUCAGUUAUUUGGCUAAACUGAUGGUCUUGAUAGCAGUUCUUGAAAGUUACAACUUUGAAUUUUGCCAUCGCAAUAGAAGGGUCAUUUUUAUUGAUAAUGUAACCGAUAACAAUACUCUUUUUUUCUUGGAAAGGAUGAUGGGCCUAAAUGAAGAGGAAAUAUAGGUCCUAUAUUAGAAUAUGAUAAUGUGUGGAUGCAUAAUUGAAGAAUAUUUACUCGAAUAUAUGUGAUGUAGUUCGGAAUGCCUUAGAUAACCUUUGAGGAAAAGGACGACAAAUUCUACAGAACCAUGACAGAACGUAGUAAAAGAGCAGGUUCAAAUUCGAAAUAGGAAAUGUACAAUGACUUGAUUACACUGUAUAUUCAUUUUAUAUUUAUUUUAUAAUGUUGGUUCUUGACGCGAUUGUUUUCGUUUACCGCAGAUGAUUUCAAAUUUCCUGGUGAAAUUUGCAAGUUUCUUUUGUUAUUAUUAUUAUUCUACUUCGUGUAUAUUGUCAUUUGAUUGAAUUGUCAGUUAAAAAAAACCAUGUAGAAACGUCAUGAUAGUAUUUAAAGUAAAACCUGACAUAUUCCGAAAAUACCUAUUCACGUCUGGCUGUUAUUAAACAGGAUGAAAAGCGAUGCUGCGUUUCCAUAUUCAUAGAAAUGGAUUUAUACUGCAUUUGCAAUUGCCAAUUGAAUUUAUUCAGAUUUCUAUUUAUUAAUGUUCAGGAUAAUGUUUUAUAGAAGAAGUCAGUUAGGAAUUGGUUAAUUCAAAACAUAAUUUAUGAUUCAUCUGCGUGACUCUUGUCCCCAUCCAAACUUGAGAUUGCAUUUUUUUCCCGCUAUCAAACCCAUAAUGACGUAAUGGGGAUAUCAGGAUGAAUUUCCGAUGAAAUAGAAGACAGCUUUUUACGUGACAAAUACAAACAGUUUAAGGAGUCUUGGGAACCAUCGCAUUUUAAUAAGGAAGAUGUUUUUUUCUCACAACAACUUAUAGUAUAAGCUGAAUGAUAUCAGAUAAAUUCAUGAAGUAUAAGUGUACAAAUUUGGUGAAAUAAAUCUUAAUGAAAUACGCUUGAAAAUACAUAAAGGGAGAAUAAUGUGUGAUAAAUGACAAAAGCAAAGAAAUGAAUGACCAAGUAUUGAAAGAAGAACCCUUUUUCAUAAAUUGACAUGAUGCAUUAGAUUUAAGUCGAUGCAAAGUAUGUAUCCAUAUUUAUAAUACAUGGACCCCGAGUCCAUGGAGUGGUCCUGGGGAUAGGAUGCCAGAAUGUGGAUCUGAAUUUGGGAGUUCAAAUCCCAUCGCAAGCCACUAUCCAUCCAACGAGGUGAAACGGGUAUCUAUGUUAACUCGUAGCAGAGUCUAGCUUGAAUUGGAGGCAUUAUAAUUUAAUUUAAUUGAUCAUUAAAUGAUCAUUUACAUUUGCGUAUAGUUAUUAUCCAUUAGUUUUAUAUGACAGGCUUGCGUCAAUAGUCUGACAAGCAAAAUGAAGAAUUUUCAAAGCAGUUAUGCAUCAUUUUUUUUUUUACUGUAAAAGCAUGACUAGAUUAUAUUUUAGAUACAUAUACAUAAUAUUAAUAUAAGCAGUGUUUAAUAUGUAAUUAUUUUCUUGUCUCAUUAUCAGAUUAACCGUACAUUUUGUGAGAUUCUUGAAUGAUAAUGAUUCCGUGUACUUUGAACAAUGAUUAUAUGAAAUAUAAAAAAUAUGGUGAAUUUGAAUGUUUUAGGUCAGAUAACCAACAACUAAUUAGUUUAUUAAUAAUUCUACUCGUUGAUGGUUGACAGGGCUUAUGGUAAGGAUGAAAAUUAUGUGAUAUGAAAAAAUAUUUUCUUAUUAAAAAGGUUUACAAUAAUAUUUUUUUCAACAGUA